AUGCCGCCGUUCGAUCCAUCCUACCACGGUCAAUCUAUUUCGCGAGUCAAGAGCAUAGCCAGCCAAAUGUCUCCUCCUUCAGCCACCAGCUUCUCCGCCGAGGUCGUCCCUCAGGCGCCUGAGGACCCUCUGUUUGGUCUGAUGGCCGCCUACAGGGCAGACCAGGAUCCCAAGAAAGUCGACCUCGGCAUUGGUGCGUAUCGCGACAACAACGCGAAGCCUUGGGUAUUACCAGUGGUGAAAAAGGCAGACGCCAUCCUGCGCGAUGACCCCAACCUCGACCACGAAUACCUACCAAUUGCCGGCCUUGUCCCCUUCAAGACCAAGGCCGCCGACCUGAUCCUCGGUGCCGACUCUCCCGCGAUCAAGGAGAAGCGCGCCACAACCGUCCAGACCAUCUCCGGCACCGGUGCCGUACACUUGGGAGCCCUGUUCCUCGCCAGAUUCUGGACAGGAACCAAGAAGGUCUACCUCUCCAAUCCGACAUGGGCGAAUCACAACCAGAUCUUCAGCAACGUGGGUAUCCCCAUUGCGCAAUACCCCUACUUCUCGAAGGAGACGAAGGGGCUGGACUUUGAGGGCAUGAAGUCAGCUAUACUCGGAGCUGAGGACCGAUCCGUCAUCCUGCUCCAUGCAUGUGCGCACAACCCCACAGGUGUAGACCCGACAAUGGAUCAAUGGAAGGAGCUGGCGGACAUUAUGCGUCAGAAGAACCAUUUCCCCUUCUUUGACUGCGCGUACCAAGGCUUUGCAUCCGGCAAGCUGGCACAGGACAACGCCGCCAUUCGAUACUUCGUCGAACAGGGCUUCGAACUGGUAAUAGCCCAGAGCUUCGCCAAGAACUUCGGUCUAUAUGGUGAGCGAGCAGGCUGCUUCCAUGCCGUUACUGGCCCGGGAGCUGAAGCCGAGUCGACCAUUACCCGUAUUGCCUCUCAACUUGCUAUCUUGCAAAGAUCUGAGAUCAGCAACCCCCCGCUGUACGGUGCCCGCAUUGCCAGCACCGUCCUGAACGACUCCAAGCUCUUCGCCGAAUGGGAGGACAACCUACGCACCAUGUCCGGUCGCAUUAUCACGAUGCGUAAGGAAUUGCGCGCGAAGCUGGAGGAGCUGGGCACACCCGGUACCUGGAACCACAUCACGGACCAGAUCGGCAUGUUCAGCUUCACAGGCUUGAGUGAGAAGCAGGUGUUGAAGAUACGGGAGGACGCGCACGUCUACAUGACCAAGAACGGCCGUAUCAGCAUGGCCGGUUUGAAUACGAACAACAUCGACUACGUCGCCAAGGCAAUCGACAAGGUUGUUCGUGAGGUGCAGUAG